UCUUAAACAUGGCAGAAAUUAAAGACAAAUGGAAAUUUGUUUAUUGGAGAUAUUCGUAUGAUAGAGCAUUUCUCUCAUGCUGUAACUGCAGUAGUUUUACUUCAGAUGAGUUCCCUGCAUCUGAGCAUGUGAGUGGGCUGAUGAAAGGACCAACAUACGUCUUUCCACACGGAGGAGCAGCGUAAUCAACGGAAGCCUCAACUAUGUGGAUGUUUUCUUGGCUGUGUGCCAUUUUAAUUAUUUUGGCUUUUGUUGGUAUGGACACAGUAGCAAAGACCACACCGCAUCCCAAAUUUACGAAGAAAUCUGAGGGAAAAGAGAUGCCGAAGGGUCUAAAGCCGUCCAGUGGCCCACCUCCAGAAGAAGAGGAAAUUCCUUUCACAGAAGUGGCUGAAAUGGUGGAACCGACCCCCAACCCCCCAGCCCUAGAUUCUGCCUUCGGUACUGCCACUCUCUUCCCCUUUGAAAACUUCACUCUUGACACGGCUGAUUUUUUUCUGAAUUGCUGUGAUUGUUGUUCAUCUGUCCCAGGGCAAAAAGGAGAACCUGGAGAGACUGGAAAGCCAGGUCUUAAGGGAGAGGCUGGUGGAAUGGGGAUCCCAGGGCCACCAGGAAUUGUUGGACCCCCAGGUCCAAAAGGCCAGAAAGGAGAGAAGGGAUUUAAGGGGGAACGUGGGGACCAAGGAACAAGUGGAGCCCCAGGAUACCCGGGAAAACCCGGAGAACCAGGUGGCCUUGGUCCUAAGGGGGAGAGAGGAAACAUCGGACUGACCGGAGUGAAGGGGCAAAAAGGCUCCAAAGGGGACACGUGUGCAAAUGGUACCCAAGGAGAUAAAGGAGACCAGGGGGCUGCGGGCUCACCUGGCUUGAAUGGAGAGCCUGGGGCCAAGGGAGAGAAAGGGGAGAUGGGGGAAAAGGGCUGCUGUGGGGAGUCUGGGCAGAGGGGAGGGAAGGGAGAAAAAGGUGAGGAGGGUCUGAAAGGGGAAAAAGGUAGCAAAGGAGAUACUGGAACGGAAGGCAAAGGCGGCCCAGAUGGCCUGCCUGGGGCCCCAGGGGAUCCAGGAGUUAAAGGAGAAAAGGGAGAGUUAGGUCCUCCUGGUCUUGCGGGGCCUGUGGGGCCAAAAGGUGAGGUUGGGAGCAAAGGGGUCCGGGGAUCUAUUGGCAAGAAGGGCUCUCGGGGCUUCAAAGGCUCCAAGGGGGAGGUGGCCAGAGUGCUGCGGUCAGCCUUCAGCGCCACUUUAUCGAAGCCUUUCCCUCCUCCCAACAUCCCAAUCAAAUUUGACAAGGUUCUCUAUAAUGACCAAGGGAAUUACAGCCCUGUCACUGGCAAAUUUAACUGUAGUGUUCCUGGCGCAUAUGUAUUUUCCUACCAUGUCACUGUGAGGGGCAGACCCGUUCGCAUCAGCCUGGUGGCCCGGAAUAAGAAGCAGUUCAAGUCCAGAGAAACGCUCUAUGGCCAUGAAAUAGACCAGGCCUCUCUUCUUAUCAUCCUGAAAUUAAGUGCAGGGGACCAAGUCUGGUUGGAAGUUUCGAAAGAUUGGAAUGGGGUCUAUGUCAGCCCUGAGGAUGAUAGCAUUUUUACUGGGUUCCUUUUGUACCCGGAGGAAAAUUCUGGAAUUUCACCAUAAGCUGUGUCUUGAACACUGUAGUUUGGGUUCAGUGGAAUAAGUCAGGCAACACAGGUAGUGUUACUAAAAAGAACAACUUUCAUUAUGUUUUUCAUGAGUAUAAAAAUAAUACAGAAAAAAUAAGAAAAAUAUUGUAUAACCUAAAGUCAAUUACUCUGCCUAUUUUAAGACAUCACUUUAAAAAAAUAUAUUUAUAUGUAUUGGAAACAUGUGUCUAUUAAUUUUGUAGUUAGCUUUUUUCAUUUAGCAUUAUAAUGCCAUUUCCCAUGCCAUUUAAAUAAUAUCUGCAUAUAAAAUAUGAUUGACAUCUGUAAUUAAUAAAUAUAUUCUUACCAAA